AUGACGGCCAUGAUCGCCAGUGGCCACACAGCAGAGAGAUGGUCCAUCUCACCUCUACCACUAAGGUCUUGCUCGAAGGUCCAGUGCACGAUGAACGGGGACUACGGACAUCUCCUCGGAGCAGGAAUCGCAGGCGCUGCGGCUGCCGCCCGAGCUCCUGUUCCCCGUCGAGGUCAAAACCAAGAUUUUGACAGGUAUUUCGACGAGUAUAUGGGGGAUGAAGUCCCAGAGGGGGAUAUCGACGAGAUGCGGAAAGCUGCCUGGGCUACAUGGCGUACUGAAGCUCCGUCUGCGGCCUCCAGGCCCGGAGGUACCAAUAACGAGGAUGACGAUCUGGCCAGAGCGCUUGCCCUGUCAAGAGAAGAGCUGUCGCGACCAUCCUCUACCCAGCCAAGCCUGCACGACGACGACGACCAGGACCUGCUCCGAGCUAUCGCUAUGUCGGAGAUGGAGGCUAGGGCGCCUAAGCGGCAGAAGCGAGAUGAGACGCCUGAGGAGGAACGGAAGAUGCUGGAGGAAGUACCGGGCACUGUCAACAGCCUUCUCUCGGACCGAGCCAAGAUGGAAGAGGAGAGAAUAGCUCGUCAGCUCGCUCGCUCAGGAGGACAGCCCGCUCCCGCUCCCGUAUCCGUCACCACCUCUGCUCCAACAUCAGCUCCCGCUGCAGCCCCCGCCCCGUUCCGCGCAUCCGUUCCUAACUCCGCCUUCUACGCCAACGGAUCUACCUCUACCAGCACCGCAAACGGCCGGUCCGGACCAUGGACCUCUCGAGCAGCCAUACAACACCCAUAUCAAGCCAGAAGCACAUUCCCUCGAGACGCCGCUGGGGAAUACUACCCAGAUGGCGAGCUCCGGCAUACUGCCCUGACCAUCGGAGAGCCAACGUCAGAGCCUACAUUCUCGGCAGCCGAGAUCAUCGGGAAUAGAUCUCAGAUAGCCCUCCUGAUACUCAACUCAUACGUCAUUGAUGACAACUGGCUGAGCACCAUCCUUCCCGAUCCCCUCUCCGUUCCGCAAAUUAUCAUCCGACCUCAUCCCAAGGCGGAACCUACGUGGAAUGGGAAGGUACAGGCGCAACCUAGCGGAGAGGUAUGGUGUUACCCUAAGAUGACUGGCGACUUUGGGUCACAGCAUAUGAAGUAUAUCUGGAUAUUUUACAAGACUGGAAGACUACGAGUCAUCAUCUCCACCGCCAAUUUCGUUUCUUACGACUGGGAGCUCAUUGAGAAUACCGUCUUCGUACAAGACUUUCUACCCCUCCCAUCUCCUCAGCCCAUCCGCACCUCCCACAAGCAACACGACUUCCCCCUCCAAUUCACACAUCUCUUCAAGCACCUCAAGGUGCACAAAGCCCUCGACUACCUCAUCAAGAACCACGAAAAAGGUCCCCGGAUCCCACUCUCCGCCAGCGCGGAGUUCGGCGAUAUGGCCAAGUACAACUGGAGUCCGGUGACGGUGCGCCUUGUGAUGAGUAUCCCGGGGACGUAUGAGGGAUGGGAAGAGAUGGAGAAGUUUGGGAUGUGUAGGGUGGGGCAGGUCAUCAAGGAGGAGGAAUGGAGGCCUGCGAAAGGAGAGAAGGCGGUCGUGGAGUAUCAGGGCUCGUCAUUAGGUCAAUACGGCAUCGACUGGUUUUCCCAUUUCCACCAGCUGUGCUCAGGCAAGUCACCGCGCGAAUUGGCGAAUCAACCGAAGGCCAAAGCGUGGGCGCCGAUCAAAGUCAUCUUCCCCUCGCUGGCCACGGUCGACGCGAGUGUCAUGGGCAGGAACGGCGGCAGUACGAUGUUUGUCGGGAAGGCGUGGAACUCGGUGAUGAAGGCGCACUUUCACGACUCGAAUUCGAAGCGCGGAGGAGUGCUCUUGCAUGCCAAACUGCUGGUGACAACUUUUGAGCCGCAAGAACAGGCACUGGGCUUUGCUUCCUCAAAUCCGACGAACGGAAAGCGAAAGGCGGAGGAGAUGGAGGAAGAUUCGAAGGGCGUGGGAGGAUGGGUGUACGUUGGGAGCCACAAUUUCUCGUCCGCUGCUUGGGGAACGGUGAACGUCAAGAAAAGCCCUCCUACAUUGCACGUUCGCAACUAUGAGCUUGGUAUCUUGUUCCCGCUCCCUCGUGCAGGCGCAAACAAAAUGGCGGAUCUGAUUGUGCCAUAUAAGCGCCCGGCUCGGCUGUACGGAGCAAAUGAUGUGCCCUGGGACCAAAAUUUGCACGCGGAACAAUAG